AUGAAUUGUAUAGGGUUGUAUGGACUUCUUCUUCUUCUUCAUCUACUACUACUCUUCAACAAUGGAGCACCACAAGCAAUAAUCAAGUCUCUUCCGGGUUAUUCGGGUCCAUGUAGGUUUGGUGUUGAAACUUUUGAUGGAAGCUUACCAUCUAUUAUCCUAAAUCCAUAUUCGUGGACCAAGGUUGCCAAUAUUAUAUUCAUUGAUGCGCCCGUUGGUACCGGAUUUUCAUAUGCAAACACUUCACAAGGUUACUCUUCCUCAGACAUCAAAUCAGCAAAAGACAUUUUCACAUUUCUUAGGAAGUGGUUAUUGAAUCAUCCUAUAUUUAUCAAAAAUCGUCUAUAUAUUUCGGGUGAAUCCUAUGGAGGCAAACUUGUUCCCCUGGUUGCCAUGGAAAUAUUACGAGGAAACAAAGCAAGACUUCAGCCACAAAUGUCCUUCCAAGGAUACAUUAUUGGCAAUGGACUAACGGAUCCAAACAUUGAUUUUAAUGCACGAAUUCCAUAUGUUCAUCGUAUGACACUUAUAUCUGAUGAAUAUUUUGAGAAUCUAGAUUAUACAAUAUCUGAAAAUUGGGCAAAUGAUCCGAUUGUUCAAGAAGCUCUUUAUAUUAGAAAGGGAACAAUAGCAAGGUGGCGAAUGUGCAAUGAUGGAAUAUCCUAUGAACCGAAUGUAGAAAGUGCUCUUAAAUAUCAUAAAAUUUUGAUCAAGAAAGGAUACCAUGUUCUGGUAUUCAAUGGUGAUCAUGACAUGGCUGCACCAUACAUGGGUCCUUUAAAAUGGAUUCGGAUUCUCAAUCUAACUAUUGACGACAAUUGGAGACCUUGGCUUGUUAAUGGCCAAGUCGCGGGAUACACGGAGAAGUACAAGAAGAAUGACUUUGAUCUCACAUUUGGUGCUGGACAUUCAGCACCAAAGGAUAAGCCAGAAGAAUGUCUAGCAAUGUUCCAUCGCUGGCUUUCUAGACGUCCGUUAUAG